UAUCACAUCAUCAAAAUUUUGAAAAACAGAAAUUUUUUCAAUUUUUGUGUCGAAAUUUACGAGAAAUGUAAUAAAAUGGAAACGGAUUUAAUUUUAAUAUGUACCGUAUUCUCAGGAUUAGUCAUCAUGGUCCUAUUUUAUUUCCUGUUCAGAGCUCAAAAACGUAAAAUCAAUCCAAAUGCAAAUGCUGAAGAAGAAGUUGUCGCACAAGCCCCUAGAAGGGCGAUCGGUAAUCGGAACAGAAUGCGAGGACAAGUGGCUGCCAGAGCUGCACCUCAGCAAAAUGCCGAAGAACAAGAAGCCGAAAGAACUUCCGAAUCGAUUGACUUGAAAUUAGAUGGAAAAAUAGGUGCUAAGAAAAGAGCUAAAAUGGAAGCGAAAGCUGAGAAAAAAGCUCACAGAGAGGUCGAAACUAAACUUCGAGAGCAACGUAAAAAGCAGCAAGAACAAGAAGAACUGAGUAGAAAGCAACGUGAAGAAAAAGAAAAAUUAGAAGAACAAAAAUUGGAAGAUGAGGAAAAACGAUUACGUGAAGAAAAAGAACGUAAAGAAGAAGAAGAAUAUUUAAAAAUGAAAGCAGCGUUCAGUGUCGAAGAAGAAGGAUUCGACGAGGAAGGAGAAACAGAAAGUGAAAAUUUACUCCAAGAUUUCAUUGAUCAUAUUAAAGAGAAGAAAGUUGUCAUGUUGGAAAAUCUAGCUGCUGCUUUUCACCUUCGUAUACAGACAGUCAUUAGCAGGAUAGAGGAUUUAUUAGCUAAUGGAAGAUUGACAGGAGUUAUCGAUGAUAGAGGGAAGUUUAUUUACAUCACAAUGGAAGAAUUGCAAGCUGUAGCUGAUUUUGUGAAGAAAAGAGGACGUGUUACCAUUCAAGAAUUGGUCGAAAAUAGCAAUAAACUAAUAACUAUUAAUUGAAUUUUCUUUUUUGUAAAAAUUGUUGCUUUGGUUGUGUUUUUGUAUUAAUUUAUUAAGAUGUUUUUUUCAACUCGGAAACAAGUCUUUUCAGUAAGUGAAUUAAAAAAUAUAAAUUUCGUUUCAAACUA